CAAAUGGAUCUUAUAAGGACUUACUUCAAAACGCCUUUUGAAUUUAUGCCAAGUUGCAUAUUUGCAUGCAACCAGUUUGUGAAACUGUUGCUAUAGUUUGUUCAACAGUGUUGCUUUGCAGAAACAGCACUUCCUUAUAAUUCAAACAUUAUUGCAUAUCCACUUAGUGCAUUACUGAAAUAAACAAAACUUGUUAAAACAGGGCAAUAUAAGGAACAUUUGAGAAUUGGUCAUAAUUGGGUAAGAAACGCAGCGUUCGUGUCAUUAUGACUCAGACAGAGGAAACUUGCUUUGACACAACUACCGAGUGGUCGCUUCACUCAGACCAGACCUUGUUUCACACUCUCGUCUUACAUCUCAAGACACAAUCAGCAAACUAGUCAGUUGUCAACUCUGAAACUACGCUCCGGCUCUAUCUGUUAAACUACCAUGACAUCCAAUAGCAGUUCACAUCACUGCGGUAAUUCAACUCAGGACCUGGUGGCAACUGUCCUUCCUCCUAUACUCAUCAUUGAGCUGUUACUCGGCCUGCCUGGCAAUGUCAUGGCACUGUGUAUCUUCGGCAAAACCUUUAGGACUUGGAGGGCCAAUGUCAUGUUCCUCUUCAACCUGGUUUUGUCUGACUUUCUGCUACUCAUCAGCCUACCCUUCCGCAUCGACAACUUCAUGCGUGGCGAGAAAUGGAUAUUUGGAGACGCCUGGUGUCGGAUCAACCUGUUCAUGCUGUCAGUCAACCGUUCAGCCAGCAUUGCCUUCAUGACCGCCGUGGCUGUUGACCGCUACUUUAAAGUGGCCCAUCCACAUCACAAAAUCAACUACAUAAGCACAAAACAAGCAGCCGGGAUUGCCUGCUUCAUCUGGGCUGUUGUGAUAUCCCUAAGAAUCCCUUUGCUGGCCAACAAACUUCUGUACAACACCUCUUUUUGUAGGAGCUUUAGCAACUAUGAGAAACCAUCACUAGGUAUCAAACUGCAUUAUGCCGUCUUUAUCUUAGAGUUCUUUCUGCCUUUAUUACUCCUGGUCUUCUGCUCCGUGAGUAUUGCAUGUAUCCUACGUACACGCAAGAUGGACAAGGACAAGAAAGGGAAAAGGGCAGUUCGGACUGUUCUGGUGAUCGUUGGGGUUUUUGUCCUUUGCUUCUUUCCCAGCAUCGGCACAGGAUUGAUGGCACUCUAUUUAAAAAAGCUUGGACAAAAGUACUGUGAUGCUUAUACAUUCACCAGUCAGUUGUUUUCUACAUCCAUAGCCUUCACUUAUCUGAACAGUGCUCUGGACCCGAUCAUCUACUGCUUCUCCAGCUCUAUAUUCCGAAAUUAUUUGAAACGUGUUGUCAACCGAACUGGAAUCAUGGAGCUACAGUUGAGCCGACGUGCCAGUAUGCCCAGUGGAAGUGACUGAAAAUGGAUUGGGGAUUGAUGAGCAUUGGACAGUGUACAUACUGCUUAAUAUACUUUUAUUUUUUCCAUCGUAGUUUUGUCAAAUUUUCCUUUUUAAAACAUAUACGAAAUAUUGUAUUUUUUUUUUACAUA